AGCAUGAUAGAAAGGAACAACUCACCCAAAGUGGACAGCACCACUAUGAACAACAUGGUCACUGGACGGCUGCUAAACGGUAAUCAGGAGUCAGAUAAAGCUGGGGUUAUAAUACCUGGCCACAGAAACAAGCAGCUUGUCAAGGGAAGCCGAUAUACAAUCACGGGUCCCAGUCCCUCUAAUGAAAGAUUGUAACAUGAUUUGGAUCUGGAGAUGACGGAACACUGUAACAACUAACGACACGUGCUGCAGUCUAGACUUCCGUUUAGUUACCGCUAGACGAUAUUUACGAUCCGAGCCCGGUUCGAAUACUGAACACCCGAAGGAAAAGAGCGGUUUCAAGUGAGACGAGCAAGUUAUGGCCCUACGGCAUCAUACCCUACGUGAUAGAGCCUGGCAUACCAGAUGAUAUUGUAAAGACGCUAAAAGAUGCCAUGCACCAUUGGAGUGAGGAAACUUGUAUACGGUUCAUCAAGAGAUCUAGAGAACACGACUACAUUUCCUUCCAUGAUGGAAUCAACUGUUGCUCAUGGGUAGGCAGAGUAGGAGGUAAACAAAGAGUCUCAGUAGGAUCUAGGUGCAGCUCCUUUGGAGUUCUUAUACACGAACUUGGACACGUGAUCGGCUUCUGGCACGAACAUUCCCGUCCCGACCGAGACUACUAUAUCAAAGUAAUUUCAGACAAUCUAGUUCCCGGAGCUGUGAGAAAUUUCCAAAAGUUACCAAACUCCAAGGUGAACUCUUUUGGAAAACUGUAUGACUACGAGUCAAUAAUGCACUAUGGACCGAGGCAUUUUUCCUCGAACUGGAAGAACACGAUUGAGACACGACUGGCGGCAGCGCAAUAUUACAUCGGACAGAGAGAUUAUCUUAGCCCUGGAGAUCAGGAGCAAGCUAACAUUCUAUACAACUGUCCUCGAGAUACUAGCGGCUGCUCCUCCAUGAUUAAGGAGAGCGCAGGACGGGUGACAUCCCCUAACUAUCCGAACAGUUAUGAAUCAACACUGGACUGUGUAACCCUCAUUCAGCCUGACAUGAUGGGCUAUGUUCUAGUAGCCCGCAUCCUGGACCUCGAAAUGCCGGACUCGCAGAACUGUUCAGAGGACUAUGUAGAGAUACGAGACGGUCCACACCAGGACAGCCCUUUGGUCACCAGGCUGUGUGGAAAAUCCCACUCCGACGCUAUAAUCUCGGUAUACGGCACACUAUUUAUCCGGUUUCGAUCUGACUCCGCCGGCUCUGGAAGAGGCUUCCUUCUGGAGUUUGAAACAGAAGACUUUGACGAGUGUGUAACUAACAACGGGGGCUGCUCCCACUUCUGCCACAACACUAUCGGGAGUUUCUACUGCUCCUGUCCUCAGGGCAUGACGCUCUCCAAAAGAGGCGACUAUUGUAUCGAUGCCGAUAUAUCUGGAAGCUGCACGGGAAUCCUCACCGAAGAUUCAGGAAUUAUAGCCACUAUGGGAUAUCCUAACGGAUACAUAGGCGGGCUAUCCUGCUACUGGAUGGUAUACCCUCCCCCAGCCAAGGAGAUACGACUUACUUUCCACGACUUUGACCUUGAGAUGGGAAAUGAGGGUGACUGUAUGAGUUACGAUUUCGUUGAGAUUUCUACAGGAAGUGGUUCCUUACCACGGAGGUAUUGCGGUAAAACACUGCCUGAGCCCAUAACCGUCAACGGCACCAGAAUAUCUCUGCGGUUCAGCUCAGAUAACAUGUUAUCAGGCCGCGGAUUCUUUGCUACCUACACCACCGUCACCGAGGAAAGCUCCAAUGUACCAGUAUGUGAGGAGAAGUUCUACAGCGUACGAGGUACUAUUAACUACAGCAGAGACGGCAAUGUUGUGUGUGAUACCUACACCUACAUCAUCGCUCUACCUUCUUCCUUCCAGUUAUCUUACAAAUACAAUGGAAAGCUUGGUGCGAACAGCGAUGUCUCAGUCUACAGAUCCACCACGGAACUACUCACCACAUACCGCCACACCACUGAAAUAACCGGCUCUAAAACUCUCUCCAACUUGUUAAAAAUCGUCGUUAACUCCACUCAACAAGACGACUCUUUCCACCUGUCUUGGAAGAGCAAGGACAAAGGUAUCUGUGGAGGUACACGCAGGGCCACUAAAACCCCACAAAACAUCUACUCUCACCGAACUCUCAACGAAACGGACCUCGCACCCCACCAAACCUGCGUCUGGUCUAUCAGCUCUAAGAACGGAGUGUCUCUGAACUUCCUAACAUUCGACCUGGCUGGUGACGUCAUCAGAGAGGACCCCUCUCAGUCCCGUGACGUCAUCACGAGUCAUCGUCUCAGGCGGAGGGGAGGCGGCAAGUGCCGUGUCAACUACCUUGAGAUAACGGACGGUAGUAGAAAGGUUGGGCGGUUCUGCAAUGAACGAAAACAAUUGGUCUACGUCUCAAAAAGUAAAAAUGUGAAACUGAAACUGGUUACCAAGAGAGACCCUGGAAAAGGUUUUCAUGUCAAAUUUUCUCGGUUAACUUGAAAUAGCUGCACUUUUAGGUGAGCGCUCUGGGCGUUUAGUUUAAUUAUGAUGCUGAAGUAAACGACAGGUUAUGCUGUGGUGCGAUGUAAAGAUAAUAUUGUAAAGAAUUGACUCAUCGUGAUGAGGAUGAGAAGCUUGAAUAAUCUGGCGAGUUUUGAGACAAAAACUUGAAGUCUUCUUAAACUUCUGCCGACCUGACUUUUGUUAAUUUGAAUCCGCUAAGUAAGCCGUUUUAAUGUCUGAUAAAGGGGAUUUUUUGGGGAUAUUGUAAAAAAACCCCAUCUCCAAAUUUACCAAAUAAAUAUCCUUUUAUCCCCAAAAUCGCUGUUUAAUCUCCAUUAUGAAUAUUAAAUUAUGCAUUCUUGAUGACUGAAGAAACGACUAAAUGAUUUUUCAAUUGCCUGAUUGUACUUUUUUCUCACAACUCUUGUUCAAUUUCAUUUUCAAACGACUUGUUGGAUUGGCAAGUACAAAUAACGACAUGAAUUAUUUAGAUUAUUUAUUUUUCUUUUGAUUCAAAUCCCACAUUAUGAUGUAAUGGACGUUAAACUUUGAAUGUCCAAAAAUAAUGUAUGAUAUUACGUUUUUGAGUAUAUUUGACCUAAUAUUAGUGGGAUUAUUUACAUUUUAUAUUUGAAGGGAAGGGAUGAAAUACGAUUGAUCCUAAUUUAAUAAUUACCCCGACUUUUCUCUUUUGAUGUGACUGACAUGAUGUGACUUUGGAGUUAACCUCACGACAACCUUUGAUGUUUACCCGAUAAUAUGUCAGUUUGCAAAAAAUAAAAAAGGUCCCCACAAAAUCGAAAUUGUAUACUUAUUUGUUAGCAGUUGACAAAAAGGAGUAACAGAACGUAAUCGUUUUAUCCUCGUCUUUACAGAAAAGAAUUAUUGCAGUGUCAGUGGUGUUUUUAGGUUCAUUGACACUCUCAGUUUGCUAUAUUCUAUGGAAAAUGGAAAUUCUGCAUUUUUGACAUGUGGAAAAUGUCGAGAAAGUUUGAUUUGAACUUAUUAUUCUUCAAUGAUAUUUCAUCUUAUAUGCUUUACCUUGUGUAGAAUUAUUUCAAAAAGUUAUGAAAUCGCUUAA